CGCUACCCUUAUCAAUGUUCUUUGCUUCUCUACUCCACUCUCACUCUUCUCUCUCAUUCUGAUUUCUUACUCACUCACUCACACUCGCUUUCCGACCUCCGAGUGAUUCCGUGGAUCGGAGGCUCCAUAACUCCUGCUUCAACGGUUUCGAUAAUGACAGCAGUAGAUGCUCAAAGUCUUCUUCUUGGAGAAACGCCAUGUGGUUCCUUACUACAACAGCUGCAGAAAAUUUGGGAUGAGGUGGGUACUAGUGAUGAAGAGCGGGAUAAGAUGCUUCUUCAGUUAGAACAAGAGUGCUUGGAUGUGUACACCAGAAAGGUUGAUCAGGCUAUGAAGUCAAGGACUCACCUUCUUCAGACACUUGCAGAUGCCAAAGUCGAACUUGCUAGGCUUCAGUCAGCUCUUGGGGAGAAGACAUAUGCUGGAAUUCCUGAGAAGACUUCAGGAACAAUCAAGGAACAACUUGCAGCUAUAGCACCUGCACUAGAAAAUUUAUGGGCCCAGAAGGAGGAAAGAAUAAAGGAGUUCUUUGAUGUACAAUCACAAAUACAGAAGAUAAGUAAUGAGAUAUCAGGCAAUAAUGAAAAGCAGCUAGAGCAUCCCACAGUGGAUGAAACUGAUUUGUCACUCAAAAAGUUAGAUGAAUUUCAUGCUCAGUUGCAAGAACUUCAAAAGGAAAAGAGCGAGAGGUUGCACAAGGUCCUUGAAUUUGUGAGCACAGUGCAUGAUCUUUGUGCUGUCCUUGGGAUGGAUUUCUUUUCCACUGUUACUGAAGUUCACCCAAGCUUGAAUGAUGCUACUGGUGUCCAGUCAAAGAGCAUUAGCAAUGGCACACUAUCAAGGUUGGACAAGACAGUCUUAGCUCUAAAAGAAGAUAAAAAGCAGAGGUUGCAAAAGCUUCAAGAACUAGCCACACAGCUAACUGACCUUUGGAAUUUGAUGGAUACACCUGAAGAUGAAAGGAGUUUGUUUGACCAUGUUACUUGCAACAUAUCAGCUUCGGUGGAUGAGGUGACCAUUCCUGGUGCUCUUACAUUGGAUCUGAUUGAGCAGGCUGAAGUUGAAGUUGAAAGACUUGAUCAGUUGAAAGCCAGCAAGAUGAAAGAGAUUGCUCUUAAAAGGCAGACCGAGCUUGAAGAAAUUUUUUCUCUUGCACAUGUUGAGAUUGAUACUGAAGCUGCCAGAGAAAAGAUAUUGUCACUCAUCGACUCUGGAAAUAUUGAGCCCACAGAGUUAUUGGCUGACAUGGACCGUCAGAUACUAAAAGCAAAAGAAGAGGCCCUGAGUAGAAAAGAAAUAUUGGAUAAAGUUGAGAAAUGGAUGUCUGCUUGUGAAGAAGAGAGCUGGCUUGAAGACUAUAAUCGGGAUGAUAAUAGGUACAAUGCAAGCAGGGGUGCACAUUUGAACUUGAAACGUGCUGAAAAAGCUCGUAUUUUGGUCAACAAAAUUCCAGCUCUUGUUGAAAGCCUGAUGAAUAAAACUCGGGCAUGGGAAGAAGAACGCAACACGACAUUCACUUAUGAUGGUGUUCCUCUGCUUGCCAUGCUAGAUGAGUAUAUGAUGCUCAGGCAUGACAGAGAAGAAGAGAAAAGAAGAUUGAGGGACCAGAAAAGGUUCCAAGAGCAGAUGGGCAAAGAACAAGAUGGAAUGUUUGGAGCAACACCCAGCCCUGCUCGACAACUGAGCAGCACAAAGAAGGCGAUAGGGGGUGUACGAGCAAAUGGAAACGGGUCGACGAAUAGAAGGUUGUCUCUUAAUCCCAGUUCUCAUCAAAAUGGAUCCAGGCCAACAACUAAAGAGGGGAGGAGGGAGAGUGCUAGGCCCGCUGUUCCUUUGAACUAUGUUGCCAUAUCAAAAGAGGAUGCAGUUUCCCACAUUUCCGGUACCGAUCCUAUCCCAACUACUCCAUAGUCAUCAUCUAACAAGCGAGACCCCUCUAUAUGUGUUCAUACCGUUGGGAUAUCAUCAGUAGCUUAGUACUAAUAACUGUGUUGUAGAGAUACGUAUUUCAGAAAAGGAUAUGGAUGUAUGUUGACAGCAGUUUGGAUAUUAUAGUAAUUAGAAACAUUUAGCUGUUUGUGUUGUCCAAUGAUAAUUGUUGCGGAGACUGGUCAAAUUGGUAAUUCUGCAAAAUACAUGCCAAUGUGGUCUUGUAGGUUGGAACUUGGAAGUCAAUAACCUUUUUGGUAGGGGGCUCUACGGGUGACUUCCAUUGAAGUUGCUGAUAUGUAUUGAACUGUUGAGUUUAAUGGUUUGUACAAAAAACUAUUGGGGAACUUCCAUUUUAUAGAAUGAGGAAGUAGGAAAACUAAAUUCAUGUGGUUAAUUAAGUGCGUAUUAUUUUGGAGUGUACAAAUAUUACUAAAUA